AUGGUUUAAGUCAAGUUCAUAGUCUUGUUAAUCUGUGCAUUGACACUGACCUAAGGUACCUCUUAUUUUUAUGUCAAGCUUUUGAAGCUGAGGGCACACUCUUGUCGAUGUCAUUAAAUGAGAUUAACAACCUCAAUUUAGGGGAUGUUAAUUGUUAAAACACAUCUUAACAAUAGUUUGUGUAGUUGGAACAAAAUCUCGAGUCAUGGGCCGAUAUCAUCGAUCACAAGGAUGACAUUUAAAAAGAUAUUAACACUCUGAAAUAAUUAGAAGUCAUCUUACUUUAAGUCAAGAAAUAAACAUAAAAGAAGAGUAUUUUAGAUUAUUUUAUUUCUAGAGAUUGCUCCAUAACAAUUGAAAUAAAUAAAUUAAGUUGUGACUAAAAAAAUUAAGUCUUUAGUUCUUCCAUAAACAGCAAGCAAAAUUGGAUAAGCACAUUGCGAUGAAAUUGAAAGACAAUUAGAGAGAUUAAGCAGUGAUAAUGAGUCAGAAAGAAGUGAAUGUUGUGAUGCUCUUCUCAAAUUGGCUACUUUCCUCAUUAGACAAUUAUCUAGCAUUAAUUAAUAAUGCCAUCAAAAUCCAGUCACUGUCAUUAAAAUCAAAGGAUAAAUCAAAGAAUUACAUAUCAUCUAAGGAGGAUGUGGAGGAGGACAAACUAUUGACAUUCCUAUGGGAGGAGGAUCAGAUGAAAAAUGUGAUAAACCAGAAACACCAACCAAACCUACAGAUCCUACUACUCCUGAUACUCCAACAGAUGACCCAGUACCAGAUCCUGAAAAAGAAGAAGAAACAACUGCAGAAGAAACUGAAACUGAAGAAACAGAAACUGAAGAAGGUGAAACAACUCCACCAGGACCAGAUGCUGAGGAAGAAGGUGAAACAACACCACCAGGACCAGAUGCUGAGGAAGAAGGUGAAACAACUCCACCAGGACCAGAUGCAGAGGAAGAAGGUGAAACAACUCCACCAGGACCAGAUGCAGAGGAAGAAGGUGAAACAACUCCACCAGGACCAGAUGCAGAGGAAGAAGGUGAAACAACUCCACCAGGACCAGAUGCUGAGGAAGAAGGUGAAACAACACCACCAGGACCAGAUGCUGAGGAAGAAGGUGAAACAACUCCACCAGGACCAGAUGCAGAGGAAGAAGGUGAAACAACUCCACCAGGACCAGAUGCAGAGGAAGAAGGUGAAACAACACCACCAGGACCAGAUGCUGAGGAAGAAGGUGAAACAACACCACCAGGACCAGAUGCUGAGGAAGAAGGUGAAACAACUCCACCAGGACCAGAUGCAGAGGAAGAAGGUGAAACAACUCCACCAGGACCAGAUGCAGAGGAAGAAGGUGAAACAACACCACCAGGACCAGAUGCUGAGGAAGAAGGUGAAACAACACCACCAGGACCAGAUGCUGAGGAAGAAGGUGAAACAACUCCACCAGGACCAGAUGCAGAGGAAGAAGGUGAAACAACUCCACCAGGACCAGAUGCAGAGGAAGAAGGUGAAACAACACCACCAGGACCAGAUGCUGAGGAAGAAGGUGAAACAACACCAUCCGGACCAGAUGCAGAGGAAGAAGGUGAAACAACUCCACCAGGACCAGAUGCAGAGGAAGAGGGCGAAACAACUCCACCAGCACCAGAGGAAGAAGGUGAAACUACACCACCAUCAGCUGAAGAGGAACUUCAUGAACCAGCUGAAGAAGAAGAAGAAUCAUUCGGUGGCGAUGAAAAAAAUAAUACAUCUGGGCCAGGAGAUAUUCCAGAAGAUGGAGAGGAAGAGGGAUUCUUACCAGAGGAAGAAUUUAGCCCAGAAGAUGGACCAUAACCUGAGGAGGAGGGAAGUGAGGAGGAAACGCCCUCAAAACCUACAAGACCAAGCAGACCAAGCAAACCUACAAGACCAAGCCGACCAAGCCGACCCGCAGAAAAUCCAGAAGAGGAAGGAUUACCUGAAGGAGAAGAGGAAGAAAGCGAAUUCCCAGGAGAUAUUCCAUCAAAUAAAAAUGGAACUUCAACACUUCCAGAUUUACCUGAAGAAGGCGAGGAAGCUUGUGAAGAAGAAGGUGAAGCAGGUGAAGAAGGAACUACAGAACCACCUUAAAAUCCAGAAGGUGAAGAAGCAGGCGAAGAAGCAGGUGAAGAAGGAACUACAGAACCACCUUAAAAUCCAGAAGGCGAAGAAGCAGGUGAAGAAGAAGAGGGUUGGGUACCAGGAGACAUUCCAAAAGGCAAAAAUGGAACAUCUACAUUACCUGACUUACCUGAGGGUGAAGAAGGAGCCGAGGAAGGAAGUGAAGAAGUUGGAGGAGAAGAAGGAGGAGAAGAAGGGGAAGAAACUCCAAGUGAAGAUACUGAGGAAACCCCAGAUUAACCAGAAGAAUAAGAAGAAAAGUAAUUGUAAUAGUAAUAAAAUUAGAUGUUAAGAAACUGUUGAAAUCACAGCAACCAAUGCUGCUGACAUUAUGUGUGCUUUAGGAUAAUAUUUGAGUUAAUUGGCUCAUGGAGGAUCACCUUCUGACAGUCCUAACGCUAAGAAGGUUUGCUUCUGCUUGAAAUAUGAACCAGGUAUAUAAAAAUUAUUAAUUUUAGACAACGCUGAUCCUUCAUUGCUAUAAUUAACUUAAAAGGUUAGCAAGAAAUAAAGAAAAGAAUAAGAUGGCAUAUUAAAAGCAUUAAUUCCUAAUAGGAGAAUUUGAA